AUGAGCUGCAAGCGGCUGUUUGGCGUGAGCAACAUGGUGCGCAUCCUCACGGAAGGAGUCCAGCCGGCGCAAAAGGACGACACUAUCAAGUCGCUCAUUUUGGAGGCCGACGCCCGCCAGCGCGACCCCGUCUACGGCUCCGCCGGCAUCAUCACCACCCUCCGCGAAGAGGUCGCAAAGCUCCAGGAGGAGCUAGUCGUCGCAAAGGAGCAACUUAGCUUCCUUGUAUCUCAGCUCCACCAGCAACAUCAGGAACAUCAGCAGCAGCACCAGCAGCAGGAGCAACAGUUUUUUGUGUUUGAUCCUCCGCAACAGCAGCACCCUCACGUAGUGCACCAGCCUCAAAUGCAAGUUGUCCCUCACCACCCUCAUUCGCAGCUGCUCGGCGACCACGCCCCCCCUCUAAACGUCAUGGACUCGUCUUUGGCUCCUCCCGAACAGCCCCCACUGCUUCUUUUCCAGCCGGGGUUUCUGCCCAUGGAUUUUGUCCAGCACCAGGCUGAGGAGGCUCCGCAGGUGAAGCAGGAGCGGCUUGAUCCGGAGGAACAGCAGCUCGAGCAGGAGUUCGGUGGCAACUUUUUUCAGCCGGCUAACGGCGAGCACAGACAGCAGCAGGAACAGCAGGAGCAUCAGCAGCGCCACCAAUGA